CCAUUCAGUCCAUCUUAUCUGAUGUAAAAAAUCAGACCUUGAUCAGUCUUUGGCCUCGUCUUAGAUUCAGGAUAGCUUUAUGCCUACCCCAUGCAUGUUAACAUCCCCUCACUGUAUGAGCCUCUACCACUUCUGCCUGGAAGCUGUUCCAUUUAUCUACAUUCCUCUCGGUAAAGUGCGUCUUAGCCUCCGAGCCUCCAGUUUUAGAUUGUGAGCUCUUGUUGUCACAUUUGUUCGCUCUCUUUAGCUGCACAUAGCUAUGCACGGUGCAUGUCCCUCCCGCGGCUUUAGGGCUGGGCGUGCCCGAGCCGGGCGGUGUGUGCUCGUGAUGUCACCGGCAAGGGGCGGAGCUCGGUGUGCACAGGCAGGGUUGCUGGUGGCUGCAGAAGGAGAAGAAUAGGAGGAGGUGGAAGAUGGUGGAGCUGGAGGUGAUGGCUCCUGGAGGAACGGCCUGUCACCUGUUUACCCGCUAACCCCCCUCUGCAGCCCGGCUACUGCCCGGGGGCGUCACGUGCUCUUGGCUGAGCCGGCGGCUUGCCUCUGCAGGGUGACAGGUCUAGGGAGCGGCGAUCCAGGGCUUUCUGGCUCAAGCCAAGAUGUUGACACAGUAAGGAGUUAAUACAAGUUAACCUGCCAUGAACCAUCAAGAAGGAUCUCAGGAGGUGGAAGCAAGCGAUGAGCCUGGAAAUGUGGACAUCAACGAGUCUGUGGAAGCCGACCUUGAGCACCCAGUGGAAGCAGAACAUCAAUAUGCCUCUCCUAAUUUACGACAGACAGCAGAUGAGCAGGAAGGACAUUCCGGCCAAGAGGAAGAGGGAACACUGGCCAGAUCUGCUAGCACAGAAAGUGGCUUUCACAACCACACAGAUACAGCAGAGGGAGAUGUGAUAGCAGCCCAGGUAGAGGGAUAUGACCUAGAUCGAGCUCAGGAAAACGAGGAUGAGAGUGCCUAUGCUAUCCAGUACAGGCCCGAAGCAGAAGAAUACACAGAAAAUGCAGAAGCGGAGCAUGGUGAGGCUCUGCAUAACCGGACUCUGCCCAGUCACCUGCAUUUCCAUGGAAUGGAUCAGGAGGAGGCCCUAAAUGCAGCAUAUUCUGGUUAUGUGUACACUCAUCGGCUGUUCCAUAGAGGGGAGGAUGAGCAAUACGCUGAGCCUUAUGCAGAUUAUGGACUACAAGAGCAUGUAUAUGAGGAGAUAGGUGACACUCCCGAGUUGGACAUUACAGAGGGACUGCGGCUUUAUGAGCAAGAAAGAGAAGAAGCCGAUAAUUAUCGCAAGGAAGCUCUUGGCGCUCGCCUUCACCAUUAUGAUGAGCGCUCUGAUGGAGAGUCUGACAGCCCCGAGAAAGAGGCAGAGUUUGCACCUUAUCCACGAAUGGACAGUUAUGAGCAAGAGGAAGAUAUCGAUCAAAUUGUGGCAGAGGUCAAACAGAGCAUGAGCUCUCAAAGCUUAGAUAAAGCAGCAGAGGACAUGCCAGAAGCAGAGCAAGACCUAGACGUUUCUGAUCCUUCAAAGUUAGGAGGUGAAAGUCAUGUGAGUAAUGGUAGUCUAUCAUCUAGCUCCAAGACUGUAGCAAACACAGGUGAGGUACAACGGUACAGCAAGGAGAAGAGAGAUGCCAUCUCACUGGCCAUAAAGGAUAUUAAGGAGGCCAUUGAAGAAGUAAAAACCAGGACAAUUCGUUCUCCUUAUACUCCAGAUGAGCCAAAAGAGCCAAUUUGGGUGAUGAGGCAGGAUAUAAGUCCAACCAAGGAUUGUGAUGACCAAAGGCCACUAGGUGGAGAUUCUUCAUCUCCUGAAUCUUCAUCACCCCAGGGAGCAGAGUCUACCAACCGACAUCAUCCAAAUGCCUGCGAUUCUGCUGAGUCCUCCUCAAAUAAAGAGCCAAGAAAGAGCUUGGCUUCAUUCCCGACCUAUGUGGAAGUUCCUGGACCCUGUGACCCAGAAGACCUAAUUGAUGGAAUCAUUUUUGCUGCCAAUUAUCUUGGUUCCACCCAACUGCUGUCUGAUAAGACGCCCUCAAAGAAUGUGCGCAUGAUGCAAGCACAAGAAGCGGUCAGUCGCAUUAAGAUGGCCCAGAAAUUAGCCAAAAGCAGAAAGAAGGCUGCAGAAGGCGAAGCACAACCCAUGACGGAGGUGGACCUCUUUAUUUCUACGCAGAGGAUAAAAGUUUUGAAUGCUGACACACAGGAAACAAUGAUGGAUCAUCCUCUGAGGACCAUUUCUUACAUUGCGGAUAUUGGGAACAUUGUAGUUCUAAUGGCUCGUAGGCGCAUGCCACGCUCCAAUUCUCAGGAAAGUGUAGAGGCUUCCCACCCAUCCCAAGACGGCAAGAGACAGUACAAAAUGAUCUGCCAUGUCUUUGAAUCUGAGGACGCACAGCUAAUCGCGCAGUCUAUAGGGCAAGCAUUCAGCGUGGCUUACCAGGAAUUUCUGAGGGCAAAUGGCAUUAAUCCUGAAGACCUGAGCCAGAAGGAAUACAGCGAUUUGCUGAACACUCAGGACAUGUACAACGAUGACCUAAUCCACUUCUCCAAGUCUGAGAACUGCAAAGAUGUUUUCAUAGAAAAGCAAAAGGGGGAGAUUUUGGGAGUUGUGAUUGUAGAAUCUGGCUGGGGCUCCAUCCUGCCCACGGUUAUUAUAGCCAACAUGAUGCAUGGAGGUCCUGCUGAGAAAUCAGGAAAGCUAAACAUCGGGGACCAGAUAAUGUCCAUCAAUGGAACCAGCUUGGUUGGUUUGCCAUUGUCCACCUGCCAGAGCAUCAUAAAGGGUUUAAAAAAUCAGUCACGUGUAAAGCUCAACAUCGUCCGAUGUCCACCAGUUACCACUGUCUUAAUCAGAAGACCCGACCUCCGGUAUCAGCUGGGCUUUAGUGUGCAAAACGGCAUUAUCUGUAGCCUUAUGAGGGGUGGAAUUGCAGAGCGAGGGGGAGUGCGAGUGGGCCACCGUAUCAUUGAGAUCAACGGGCAGAGUGUUGUAGCAACUCCCCAUGAGAAGAUUGUCCAUAUUCUAUCCAAUGCUGUUGGCGAGAUACACAUGAAGACUAUGCCAGCAGCAAUGUACCGACUACUGACCGCACAGGAGCAACCAGUUUACAUCUGAUAAGCCUCACACUUCACAGCAUGCAUGGAGGACACUUCUCCUCACUCGUGGUUGUAUUCAUAGUGCUGCCUAUGUGUCUGUGGAAACAUCUCCAACACACUAGGGCCUCAUCCUGCUGCCCAACUUUUAACUCUAAAAGUCCUCUCUUGUU